GGCGGCGCGGCGGCUCGGGAGAGGAGUCUGUCUCGGAACAGCGCGGCGCACGGUCGGUCUGUGCAGAGCCUCCGCUCGGCCCGCUCAACAAGUGCGAGUCCCGCGAAAGUGCGUGUGCGUGCGAGUGAGUGAGUGAGACAGCUGUGCUGCGGCUUCGCGGCGUGGACUUGGAGGAGGACGCCGUCAAGAGACACCCACCCGUCACCAGGGGCGCGACGAGCGCGCGCUGGACAGCCCGACCUUUCCCGGCCGACGAGGACCACGACCACGCCGUGCACCAGGAUCCCCACGCACGCAGCGAUGUGUCUCCGCGUGGGGGCCAAGCAGGCCUGCUCCUAGGACCAGACCAUGUCUUCCAAACGCAAGUCUCCACCCACGAAGCUGGCCGAGCCCUCCGCGAGCGUAGAGACCAACAUGCUGUGUGAAGACGUCCUCCUGACGGGCCUCGGUCACGGCCUCGGGGCCGGCGCCGUGGGCGGCAGCCUCGGGCUGGGGCCCGGCGCGCGACUGGGGGCGCGGCUAGGGGCGGGGCUGGGGGUGGGGCUAGGCCCGCGGCUCACGGCCUCCGCCUUCGGCGACUCCCCCGCCGGCUCGCCCACCGCCUCCCCGUACCGCGGACUGCCCUCGCCCGCGCCCUCCGCGUCUCCGCUCCGGUCGCCGACGCGCUCGCCCGCCAGGUCGCCGCUCGGCUCCGCCGUGGAGGACAACUACCCGAGCGGCUGCCCGUCCCCUGUCUCGCCAGGCGCGCCUUUGGACUCGGACCAGGACGACGUGAACCUAGACGUCGGCGACGUCAGCGACGGCCCGGGCGCCAAGAGGAAGAGCGGGGACCACGGCGGCGAGCCGUACCCGAGCAAGAAGGCGCGACUGGAGGACGCCUACUUCAUGUACAACAAUAAUAACAACAACAGCAUCAACAACAACAUCAACCACAACCUGCGCAAGGUGAUGGACAAGCGGUCGAUGGACAGCGUGCUGCGCAAGCUCACCCUGGGCAUGGCGGCGGGCAAGCGGUCGCCGUCACCGAGCCAGCAGCAGCAACAACAGCAGCCUGCCGACGGCGAGGCGGUGGAGAGGCAGCUCCGGGAGAUGAUCGAGCACCUGGAGCUGGCGAGGCGGCGCCUGCUCGGCGACCAGCGGGCGCAGCGAGUGCAGCGCGAGGAGCACAUCUUGCAGACGCUGGAGGCGCUGGCCAAUCGCGAGGCACACAAGCAGGCCGAGCAGCAGCAGCAGCAGCAACAGCAGCAGCAACAACAGCAGCAGCAGCAGCAACAGCAGCAGCGGCUGCAGCAGGAGCGCUUCCUCCAGACCGGCGGCUUCCUUGAGCAGCUGCGGGAGCUGGCGCCGCACCAGCACGCCCACCACGGCGGGCCGCCGCCCAUCCAAGUGCCGCCGCUGUCGAGGAUCAAGUCCAUCAGCAACCUGUCGGGCUCGAUGAGCUGGCCGCACGCCCCCGGCCCCGCGGACGAGCCCGCGCUGCCCGUGCGCGCAGAGCUGUCCGUGCUGGCGGCGCAGAUGUCGCUGGCGCUGGGCGGGCCGCUGGGUGGGCCCCUCGGCCUGGCCAUGGGUGGCAAGCCGCCCGCCGGCACCAGGUCGCCGUCGCCCGCCGCGCCCCCAGCCCCGAGCCCGGGCAGGGCCGUCACGCCGCAGGCCGACGGCGACGACGCCCCGCUCAACCUCAGCAAGCCCAAGGCGGGCAGGACGCCGGCGAGGAGCCCGACCCCCGCGGCCUCGCCGGGCCCCGUCCAGGACCGCGUCCCGGACAGGCAGCACCUGGCGCUCGACAGCCUGGACCAGAUGCUGGGCCGGCAGCAGCUGCACCUUCCCAUGGGCCCGAUGGGACCCAUGGGCCCCAUGGCCCCGCCGCUCGUCGUGCCCAGAGCCUUCCUCCCGUACCCGCAGCUGGGCGCGCCGCUGCCGCCCCGCGCGCCCGCCGCGCCCAAGAACGGCAGGCACAUGCUCGCCAGGCCGACCGACCCUCAACCCCACCCCUACUUCCACCACCUGCUGUACGGCGUGCAGGAGCACCAGGAGCAGCAGCGGCAGCAGCAGCAGCAACAGCAGCAGCAGCACUCGCCCCAGCAGCAGCAGCAACACCAACAGUCACCGCAGCACCAGCAGUCACCCACACUAUCGGAGAAUGACGCCCAGAUGUCGCAACUGUGGAGCGCCCCCGAGACCAGCCCCGGAGAGAAGGGCAAGGCCGCGCGGCAGCCGCGCCGGGACGGCGCCGGCAAGCCGCACAUCAAGCGGCCCAUGAACGCCUUCAUGGUCUGGGCCAAGGACGAGCGGCGACGCAUCCUCAAGAGCCACCCCGACAUGCACAACUCGGAGAUCUCAAAGAUCCUCGGUACGCACUGGAAGCAGAUGUCCAAUGAGGAGAAGCAGCCCUACUACGAGGAACAGUCGCGCUUGUCCAAGCAGCACAUGGAGAAGCACCCCAACUACCGCUACCGGCCCAGGCCCAAGCGCACCUGCGUCGUGGACGGCAAGAAGAUGCGCAUCUCCGAGUACAAAGCGCUCAUGAAGCAGCGGCGGAACGAGAUGAUGUGGUGCAGGGACUCGAGCGGCACCUCGGACCUGAGCUUCCUGUCGGACCUGUCCCAGGGUCUAUCUCCAAGCCUGUCCGGCGGUCUGUCCGGCGGGCUGUCCGGCGGUAUGCCCGGCGGUCUGUCCAGCGGUAUGUCCACCGGACUGUCUAUGUCCGGAGGGCUCAUGGGCUGCCCCCCGCCAUCCCGGCGGCCGCCCUCGCCCCUGGCGCCGCCACACCUGAACCUGUCCCCCAAGAUGGACUUGAUGGACUUUACAAUGGACGGCGGCGGCGCCAAGUCGCUCAUGGCCAACGAUAAAGUACAAGUGUAAAGUGAUAUCUCGUAAGGAAUUCUUUUUUAAAGAAAAGUUAUUAAAUUAUAUUGUGCCAUCGUUAUGUUACUUAGUGUAUUAGUAGCAGUGAUUCCAUAUCUAUUCAAGUCUUAUCCCCCAUCUCUCUAUCUUCCUCGUCUCGUUUUCUGUUGUUAUGUUAUGUAUAUAUUGAGGAUAAAGCCAUACUAGAGAUUAUUAUGUACUUUACUGUUUUUGUUAGACUCAUUAUUAUUAUAUCUACCGCAGUCGAACUUUCCAUUGAUGCAACGGAAUGAUGUAUGUUAAUGUGAUAAAAUCAGAGAUUUGCCAUGAUGUGGUAGGUCUCUGUAGACGUGCGAUAGGGCAGGGCACCUAAGCCUUGGAAACCAAAGUUAUUGUAGGUCACGCACUAGUGUAAUGUCGCCGUACGCUGUAGUUCCUCAUCAGGCUAGGCCUUCUUUUAGCGAAUAAUGUAAAAGUGCAAUACCUUAACCUAAAUAGUUACCUUUAAACAAAAAAAAGCCACACACUUGUUUUGUCUCUAGCGAGUUUUAUUGCUAAAUUGUCGAUAAUGAAUGUUUAUUUAAAUAAAUGUGUACGUCAAUGGUCGUAUAAUGAUCUCUCUAUGAAAA